AUGGAAACAACCACUGCGAAAGAGACGUGUGACGAUUGUAUGGAACUGAAUGUUCACCUGUACGACGAAGAUCCGUAUGAGGAUGGAGCAUCUGUACUGAAUCGUUACUCUAGGCAAGGCUGUAAACAUGUGCAGUUCUUCUGCCGGUCGUUCCAGAUGGACGACUUCCGUCCUGUGCGGACUGUAUUCAACACGAAUCUUUCGAUUACGGAACUGCCACUGAGCGUUGAAGUCCUAUGCAAAAAUGGUCAAUGGUGGUAUGAAAAAGUUGCAGUCAACUCACUGUCUUGCAUCUAUGAACCUCCACAUCCCAACAGUCCGUGUAUGCAGUGCGGUCAAGAUCUAUACGUGAAACCUGGGAGUAAUAAGGUUGAAGGGGCAGUCUAUGUCGACUUUCGUGCGGAUCGUUGCCUUUCUGCUCAGCUUUACUGCCAGCCAACUAAGCCGCAUCACUUCGUGGACAUUUAUCAUGACAAUGCUCCAAUGGGAAUCCAUGGCACGUCGUUGAACAGAACAUUCCACUGCAAUUACGAUUCCCAAUGGGUUGAAGUGAAUACGGCGUCUAUAAUUGGCAACGUCUCAUGUGUGAUGGAAAAGGGACCACCAUCUUCUACGCACAUGAUGGAGUCCACUACUGAAGCAGGAGAGACCAUCUAUACUACAGAUGAAGGAAUGUCGUCAGUUGACACCAUUGAAACAAGAACACCAACAACUUCUCCUUGGGAAGAAGAGUGGUCUACGACGUCUGGCUACGGUGGAGAAGAAAUAGUUUCAACUACUGUGAAUGGGCAAAUCACCACAUCUCCUGCGGAGACUACAACAGAGAUGACCACCGACAACGGUGAAAGCAUUACAUCUGGUUGGACCGACGCCUCUGAAGUAGCAACGCUCCCUACGUCAUUAGAACCAGCCGAAGAGAUAACGACAACAACAGUCGAGAGUGUGAAUACCUUUACUGCGACGGAAACGUCGACUAUCGACUCGAUAUCUGAUAUCGAAACCACCGAAGAAGAGAGAACAUCCACGACGAAGACGAUGUCCACGAUGACAACACGGUACGAAGCGACAACAGAAUCCGAUUUCGUAGGGAUUUCAUCCACCGAGAUCGGUACAACGGAAGUGCCGCCUCUACAACCAGAAGGUAGUACAACCGAGGAGGUCACCACCCAGUUAUGGGAAAGCAGCACAUCGGAAGAAGUACCAGCUAAUUCUCAAGCUAGUACUUCUCGUGAAAACACUCAAGGAAGCACUCUGGUUAUCGAAAGCACAUCCGUUGAGACGACUCAAGCGAUUUCUGAAACAGAAACGAGUGAAAUCAUUGAAGACACUACUCCAGCUGGGGAGCUCGGCUCCACAGCGGUCACUGCUGAGAGUCCUAGAUCAUCGCGGGGAAGUACAAUUGUGAUACUUCCGACAUAUCCGAUUUAUCAGUCAUCAACAGGAAGAACUAGAAUGGAAUCUAGUACGGCCACAACCGUGCCUUCGACAAGUACUGCAGAGCCUCUAACCACGGAGUCUACUGAAGACUUAACUACGACUGACAACUUGGAGGAAACCUCCAUGGGACCGUCUUCCCAAACAACACCUGUGACGAUAACUCAAAGAAAUACGUUUGCGAGCACAUUUAAUACCUCUCCAGAUGGCGGAAUCCCAUCUUCACUGCCCACCACUACUAUGGAGCAAACGACCGACUAUGAGUUUUCAACACCGGGAGAUUUCGAAACAUCCACAUCGACUAUAUCCAAAAGAACGACCACAAUAUUGACUACUGCUGAUACCGGUUACGUGGAGCCUUCUCUAGGAACGACUAUUAUGCCAACGUCGACUGAUUCGCUGACUGAUAUGAUCACUCCUUCAACUGAUUUCGAUACUAUGACACCUACUCUUGCAACUACUUCUGCGACUCAUGAGAGUAGACCAUCAGAGGGUCCGCUUCCAACAAUCAUCACCACUGAGAAAACGCCGGAUACCACAGAACCUGAGCUCUUUACAGAGACUACCGUUUCAGCACUCACCACAAUUACACAGGAACCUUCCCAGGAAGCAACGACCACGCCUACAUCGGCUGAUCCUUCCACUGAUCAAUUUAUUACUUCAUCAGAAAGCUUUACUGAAUCAGUUUUUACACCGCGCCCUGCAGAAAGACCUUCUACUAAACCUUCAAGUGAGAUUUUCACUACCUAA